AUGAGUUUCCAUAAAGAGAACCUUGAUUUGGUUUUGGUACCAAGUGGGCUUGUGGUCAUGUUUGGAUACCACCUAUGGCUUCUCUAUAGAUGUCUCAAUUGCCCUCACACCACAACUAUUGGCUUUGAAAACAAUGACAAAAAAGCUUGGGUCGACAAAAUUAUGAAGAUGGAAAACAACGACUUUGCGGUUCCUCUAAACGUGCUUUCCUACAAUAUAUCAUCAUCGAAUUUCAUGUCAUCCAUAUGUCUAACUCUUUGUGCAGUCAUCGGCACUUUGGUUGCAAACAGUUCCUCAAUGUUUCAAAGCAAGUUCAUCUACGGAGAUGCAAAUUCAUCAAUAAUAUCAAUAAAACACAUAAGCCUCUUGGUUUGUUUUCUCUUGGCCUUUGCUUGUUUUAUCGAGUCCACAAGAUCAUUGAUUCAUGCUACUUAUCUAAUAAGUAUGCCAAAUAGCAAUGUGCCAAUAAAAUCAAUUGAAUUGGCUGUGAUUAGGGGUGGUGAUUUUUGGUCACUUGGGCUUAGGGCACUUUAUCUUGCCCUAUUGUUGUUGCUAUGGCUUUUGGGGCCUAUUCCCAUGUUCACAACCUCGAUAAUGAUGGUUUGUGUGCUUUAUUUUCUUGACAAUAACACGGUGCCAUUGCAUGUGCAUCAAAGCACCAAAUCGAAGGAGAUUGGGAGAAAGGUGGCCGAAAUCUUACGAAAUAGUAGGGAGUGA